AUGGUGGGAGAGCAAGGCCUUCCCUUUGUCCUCUACGCGGUAUUCACUACUGCGGUUCUUGCUCAAGGAAGUCAAGGUACCGUGAAGUAUUUGCUUAUUGAAAUGUUUCAAGAAUAUGCUUUUAAAUACUGAUAUUUGAUGUUCAUUUUCUACGGUAAAAUUGAUGAAAGUUUCAUUUCAACUAGUACACAGGAAUCGGGGGAGGGGCGCACAAGGAAAGGGAAAAAACGGAACUAUGUUCAAGGCCAUUGCGCUCAAGACGUUUUGAAAUUGUUAAAAGAUAUUGCAGCCACCGUAAAUAGCCCAGAAGUAACGGGAGCUUACUUUUACUAAGACACUUUUCUUCUCUUUAUAAUAGCAAUAAGUUUCAAAGCUGGAAAAACCAACGUCACUGUCAAAAGUCCAGGGUUGUUCGCUUGUGAGACAAUCACAUUUGCUGAACCGUUCUCUGGUGGAAAGCAAGUAAAAGUCUUUGCUUCCUUUGGUCACUCAGUUAACAACCAGGCCCGUGGCAAUGGUGCUGCUAUUUGGGUGGAAUCGGCAGAUAGAACUCAAUUCCGCGCUUGUAUCUACGAGUACAGCAACGGCUCAAAUUCAACUGCUGAGAUAAACUGGAUUGCCCUACAAUCUGCUCCCAAAGGAGCACAACUGAGAACUACUUCCCUGGACUCUUGGACUACCGGAACAGAAUGUAAAAAAAUCGACUUUCCUCAGGUACGCUUCGUUUUGCUAUGAUUACCUACAAGGUGCCCAGACAGGAUUAAUCUAAAAAAAGCAGAAAUGGGUGAGUCAUGCAAGGUAUAGUUAAAGGAUGUAACUCACGACCGCAAAUGCGAAUCCUCUUAAGGAGCUUAACCAGCUUUUCAAUCAAUGAAUUUAGGAAGAAAAUUGACGUCGCUAAAGUUUCAAGUUCAAUGACCCAUAUACUAUGUACAUGCUGUCAUGCACGGACUUCAUGAUUUAACGAGAAAUGAUAAAAGUCUAAAAGGUGAAUCGUUAGUUUGCUUUCAGGACGAUUAAUACAAUGAAACAGCUUACUUUGUUACUGUGAUAUUUUGUUGCUCGGCUGUUCGCAUUUGUUUUCCUGUAUUUUGUUUGUCGUUUUUUUUGAAUGCGCAUUAUUAUAAAGAUGUCCACUCCAUGACCCACACUAGCCCACUGAUAUUAUCACUUACCCCCACCCCCCAACUUCAAACCCUCUCACUCUUUCACCCGUAUUUGAUUAUUACACUCUCAUAUAUACCUCCAGUCUAAAAGAAAUAAAACAUUGGCAUUAGAUGUCAGUUCUUACGCUCGCCGCCGUAAAUCGAUUUAGAGAAUCUUUUAUGAAAUAUAAUCAUUGAACACGGUACACGAACUGAAACUAAAUUAUUUAGGGAUGAUAGAAGAUAUAACUUGUAUUUUUUGCAAAAUUUGUUUUGUAAUUUAAAUAACUUUACACGUUGUAAUUAUAUUUUACCGUGGCUGGUAUUUUGUUUGUAAAAUAUUUUUGUCCUUUCCUCACGGCUUCAAAGUGAGUGUCUCCUUCCACGAGAAGUUUUUUCUGCACGUGGGUGAAAGUCCGCGUAAUUUCAUGAAUCGCGUUUAAAUAAAUUUGAAAGAUUCUUCUCGUUGUAAAUGCAGCUACUGCUGUUGUUGUUGUACAGAGAUGAAGCACUGUUUGCUAGAUUUCUCGAUUUAACUUAAGUCACGGUCCCUGAUUAUAAUUGUUGGUGUUCACACCGUAAUGAAUGAGAUGUAAAUUUCCUUUGCCUUUUUUUUUUUUCAGGGUCCUUUAACUCAUUCAUCCUUUUUCUUUCCUUAUUUAAAGCGUUUUGCGACUCCUCCAAUAGUACUUGCGAUUCCUAGCCACCAGUUUCCUGAGAGACCUCAAGACGCCAUGGCAGUGUGGGUGGAGGAGUUGACCGAAGACAGUUUUAAAAUCUGUCUUAAGGAAGUGAAAAUUUUCGACGGACUUCACAAAGGCAUUGCUAUUGUAAGCAUUGUUUAGAAACUUUUUUAAAGACCUGUAUCCAAUUGCAUCGACUUUUCUUAGCUAAACAUACAUUGUAUUGUAUAUCUGUCUGGAUUUCAUAUAAGGUGCCUGUACUGAGUCUCUAGACGGUCAACUCCAGCCAUUACUCACCCUCCCCACCCAUGAAGCUUAUGACUAGUCAAUCACUUCUCCGAAGCUCUGCUAGUAGUGUUAUGAUUAUGAGUCACCGCAUUGAUUUGGCUGGCCAACUGGCCACAGGAAAAAUUCUCUGACUUUGCACUACUUUCUGACAUAAACCUCUAACUCUAAAGUGACAAAAUCUCCCCUCCCUACCCCCCUGGUUUUCACUCAAAACAAGGAAGCCACCCACGGAUAGGUCUGGGCCAGGGCUCACACUGGCGUGAACACGGCCGAUGCCCGUGUUCAAGCGAAAACUUAGCGGGCCCGUUUUAGCAAAAUCACACAGAUAUAAAUUUACCAGAAUACUUACAAAAAUAAAUAGUCGAACUAACCAUACAUUUUUAGUUUUGAAAUAUCAUUCCUCACAGUUAUUCCUUUAUUAGAGCCUAAACUACAUAAAAAAGGACAAAUAUGUGUAUAAAAUACCUACAGUUAUAAGAAAGCAAUUGGUUCGAUGAGAACAACCCUCAAGACAUUUGGUGAAAAAAGCAAACAAAAACCAAAUUAAAAAAAGAAAAAGAAAAAAACUGUCAGUGCAAUCAAAUCUCUGUUACCAUGUGUACAUGAGUAAAGGUACUCAAAUUAAAUCUUACCAUAAGGUUUUAUGAAAUGAUAUACUUCGGUUAUCGACUCAGUACUGGUUUUAUUAAAUUAUUAUCAGGUUCCUACUUGAGUAAAACUUCUACAGGAACUGGUCCCAUUCCUUGGAUAACUGACUCACUAACCUUAAAUGUCCUUUUUUUUUUUUCGUUGUUGUAGAACUGGAUGGCUUAUACAAACCUUCGAGUCCAUAACUUCUCCUUAUCUGACAGUCUUGUGUUUACGAACAACAACUCACCAUCUCAACAGAGUGACUAUGCCUUUUGCCAGGUAAAGUGUAAUAUACACUUAUUACUUACGUACUUGUACUUACUUACUUAUAUUAAUUUUUUAAAAAUGAUUAAUUAAUUAUUUAUUCGUUCGUUUCUUGAUGAUUUACAAUUGUACCAUGAAUUUCACUUAUGUAUUGUACACGAGACAUCCUCUCUUAAGCAGAAACGUAGUUAAAUAAAUGGUGAUGAUGUUGUUGUUGAUGAUGAUUAUGAUGAUGAUGAACUUAACUAUGGUUGGUUUGUAAGUUAAUUGAGUUGACGUCAGGAGCCGAUUACUUUGUUGACGUUUAGUCAGUCUUCGAGAAGAUGUAAGAAAACGUUUUAAGUAUUUUUGACCAUGCAACUUUAAAAAAUUAUAUCUCUGCUGUUAUUUACAGUUCAAUAUCAAGCUAUACCUCAUUGGAAAGGGCACAAAAUAAACUUUCAGAAAAAAAAAAUAUUUCGGUCUCAGAGAACCCAUAAUAUUCUGCACAAAAAAAUAAACAAGGCAUGUUUCUAGAUAAUUAUUUUUAAAAAAAUUAAAGAGUGUAAUUUUGCAUGGAAAGUUGUAUAUUUUAUGUAAUACAAUACAACUAAUUUUUUUCUUCAAUAUCUCAGUAAAACAGCCCGAAUAUCGGUCGGAAAUAUAGAGCGGCUAGCAAUUUUUUACAAAUUUAUUUUGUGACCCAUAGCAAAACUAGAUACUUUAGCGUCACUUUGUGGCCCGAUAUGUACCUUCAAAAGACGCUUUAUUUUUUAGUUUCAAGGUGAAAUAUCGAGUUAAAAACAAGCAAACAUGAAUUAACUGAUAUAAGUCAUCAAAAUAAGCAAGGCUUUGAAGGCAAAAAGCUCCGCGGGACGGAUUUCACCGCGUUUCAACAAAAUGUGUACCAGACUAUGGCCUACUCGGCGAGUUGGAAGCAAAGAUUCUUACUGUUUUAUUACCUCUAUUUUCCCGUUUAUUUCGCUUGUUAUCCUCCAGAAUCCUCCAAAAUAAUUUGCUUGACUUGUAUUUGGUCGAAAUUCGUCGAUAAAAGCUUUCAUUCUUGGCAAAAGCCGCGACAAAAUUCUUCCCGACGGAAGCGCCAUUUUCACUAGAUUUGAAAAAAUAGUUGCGUAAAGCUCAAAACUCCCCAGGGCCUGGAACUUGGCACAUAAUUGGCUAAAUCUAUUGACUUCCUGUGGGCCAAAUUUGGAGGCAAUCGGAAGUAACACAAUUUUUGGCGAGUGUUGGUCGCGUCAUCGACCAAAAGUGGUCGAAAUGUUCACGUUCGGAAGAGAAUGAGAAAAUAACAUUUUACAUUUUUGUUACAGAAAAUCAACUUUACAGAUCAAUUCUACGCUCCCCCAGUGGUAAUGGUGACAACUGAACGAGUUAGCAACGAUUCACAUUUGUCCGGAUGUAACGCAAUCACUGCUUUGGUCGAGAUAAGGGAAGAAACAGACUGGUCGACAGCAUACUUUACCCCAGUUUAGUCGAAGGGUUUGUUGAAAUACUAGAAAAUUAAAUCACACAUCAAGUGUUAUUUUUCAAAGCAACUGCUAAUUACUUGAAUUAAAUUUUCACGCGAAAAAAUAUUAUGAAAAUAAGGCAGACAGUAAGAGAUUUUUUAAUUCUGAAUUUUUCUUUGAUGUGUUUAGCCUUACAGUUUUCGUUUCACCGAUUGUUUUGUGAGAUUUUUCAAACUGUUUUGGAUAGCAACUAAUAAUUGCUAAUGUUCCACUCCUAGUACACGUCCACCGCAGAUACGGAAAUUUGUGUCCGAACUUACGACGCCAAGAGCAGGCAGACCAUAAAAGUAGAUUACCUGAUUAUUGGAGGUAGGUAUUUUAAAUAAUUAAGUGCUAGCUUCUAAAAUAUUCUAACUCUUCAUAACCUGCAAGUGUAACUGACCCAAUUUGGAAGAUGUUUUUAACCAUUUCAUCUUUGACGUCAAUGAAGUUCAAAGCAAAGUAGCAAUUCAUCGGCUUCUUUUUUUUUUUUUUAUUCAUUUAUUUUAUUUUAUUUGCUAUUCCAAAGUACAACAAUUACAACAAUUACAAUUAUUAUCACAAAGCAUACAUGCACAAACUUACUAUACACCUAAGCACACGUGCAAUUCCACAAUUACAGACAAGGUAAUGCCUACUGUUAUUUUACAAGUGCUAUUCAAAAAAGAAGAAACUAAUCAUUUUUUCAAAAGAAGAAAAACUACCUAGAUUACAAAGUCCAUUUGUCCAUUAAUUUUUGUAAAUUCUUAUUCUUAGUAAAAAUAUAUUUUUCUAUUUAAUAUUUACCGUUUAUUCUAACUAUAAAACUGUUUAUGGUUGGGAGUAGUUCAUUCCUUCUGCAACUCCAUAAAUGUAUUUUCCCUAUAACUAUAAGAUAAUUAAGCAAGGGGCAUAGAGUCAGAAGAUAAGAAGCCGAUCCAAAUUUCCUUUAAUGUUAGGUGAACUAGUUGUUUUCGCAACCCAAAAUGAUAUGAUUCAACACAUUUCCAAAAUGAAUUCGAAUAAGGGCAAUCCCAAAAGAAAUGUCUAAUAGUUUCUGAUUCCCUUUUGCAAAAAGAGGACAAGUUGUCUGUCCUGUACCCAAUCUUGAACAACUUUGAGCUGGUAAAAAGUAUAGAAUUAAGUAUUUUAAAUUGAAAGGCUUUGAUAUAAGGUUCAAACGCGAUAGAAUGGGGCAAGAGAAAUGCCUUUCUGAGAUCGUCAUUAGAUAGAUUAAAAUCCAACUUCAGUUUUUGUGCAUAAUUUGGGAGACAAGCCUUCUUUUUGAUCAAAAAAGGAUAAUAAUCUUUUGAUUUCUUUUUUGCUAUGUCGAAAACGCCGCCAUUGAUUUUAAAGGAAGGUAUUGCAUUAAAGGUACUCGAAUCCGAGCGAUUAAGAACUCUUAAGUUGGUUGGUAUUGAAUGUCUCAUACUAGUCCAUUCAAGGAAGUUUGUCUUUUUAACAUUUUUUGCUAUCUGUUCCUAGGAUUCCGUAUUGCUGAGAUCAAAAUGUAGGUCUCCUAUUUCCCAGAUACCAAUGUCGCAAUAUUUCUUGUAGAAAAAGGGGUUGUCGUCUAUUCUAAAGUCUCUAUUAUUCCAAAUUACAUAAUGCCAAUCGUUAUUAAGAGCAUUAUCUUCUCGGAGUUCCGACCACCAUUUAAGUAGUUCUAAAUAAAAGGUAGAGGUAAUUUGAAGAUCCUUAACAUUAUAAUUGCAUUUAAAAAGCAUUAGACCUCCAGAAUCUUUCAAGAUGUAUUCAAGGUAGUUUUUCCACGCGCCUGAGUUGUCACUAAAUAUUCGUUUAAGCCAGGAAAGACGGAGAGAUUUUAUCAAACUUUCAUUAUCCACCAUUUUGAUGCCUCCUUCUUCAUAAUUAUUUAUUGUUGACGCUCUUCUUACUUUAUCUUUACCUUUCCAUAAAAACUUAUAUAAUAUAUGAUUUAAGAGGCAGUCCCGCUAACAGCGGUCCGGUCGAUUUCGCGUCAGAAAAAAGUUUCCCUUUAAACUUCGUACACUAAAAAGGUUUGGUAUAUAAGUAAUAAAAAUGAUUUUCUUUUUUGCAAAUAAUAUAUUUCCGCUUUCCUACAGGCGCGAUCACGUCCGGGCCAAUUCGUCUCCUCCAGAGCCCGGUUUGAGGACCGAAAUUUGUCGUUUUUGAGGGCCGCACCAUAACAAAACUAAAACGAAUUAUAAAAUAUCUUUCACACCAGCUGUUUCCACUGCCUUUUAUUGACAAAUGAGCAAAAUAUCGAAUUUUUUAAUAAUUUUGAAGACAAUCUGUGAGUCCCGAAAGACACCACUUUGAGCCGGUCACCCGACUGCCAAAAAACAUGCUCAGAUUCGAGAGCUAAAAUCUCAAUUGUGGGACAAAAAUCUGAUAUAAAAUUUAUAUCAAGGUCAAGGCCUUACUUCAUUUUAAGAGGUUCUAAGGUCAAAUCUGCGGGUAUCCGCCUGCACACUUAGCGGUGAGAAGGUAAUUUUGGCCAUCAUGGCACUCUGACUCUAUAAUUUGUAUCAUAUAUUUAUCUACUUGAUCGAUCACUCGCUUGACCGAAAAAAUAUUCACAGCUCUAAAAUUUGUUUAAAUGUUUCCUCAAAACCUUCAAUCAAACGCUUUUUGUAAUUUUAUUUGAAAAUCAUAAAGGAAAAAUAUUUUAGGUUCAUAGAGCUAAGGUCAAGGAAACCACUAUUGCUUAUAUGCAAAUUAGCUGGUUGUCACGCAAUACCUAACCAAAGUGGAUGAGAAAGCAGAGUUUGUAUCAUGGCGACUUGUUUUCUGAAAACACGAGAGUUUGGAGACUGUGGAGAAUUUCGAGGUAUAGCUGAGCUUGUAAGCUGAGAUCAAUGUAGGAACGAUUUAAGUCAACAUUUAUCCCGAUGUCAUUUGAGUCGAGAACGAAUUAUGGAGGGAGAAUUGAUUUUGGUGCGUUCAGGUUUGUUUUAUACGACCGAAACGCUGAGACAAAAAAUGCUUGUUUGUCCGAAGCACCGUGCGUAUCUCGGGCAGUACUGGGGAAAUCAGACAAAGUUAAGCUCAUGCAAGUACCCUGGCCACAAGGGAGAGCACAGAGCGGUCAGAACAGAUCGCGCAUUUACUUUGAAGGUAUCAAGGGAAGUAAUGGAAGUGUUUGGUGUUCUUGUUCCUGUCGGAGCACGUGAGUAUUUGCCUAUUUUCUGGAUUACCUCUUAUUUGAAAUAAUUGAGACUCAUAAACAACUUGCGUAAAUAGCAGAUAUUAUGAAUAAUCUUGUGUAUGAUUUUUUUAAGCGACCUGUAGUAGCUGUAGAAAGGCGCACAGGAAAAGGGUCCAGAGUAAUUGGCCGUGGCUACAAGGAGGAAACGCGAAUGCGGGACCACGCGAUGAAGAUGAUGCAGUACUGCUGACUAGGUAUCUUUAAUAUAAAUAUUCUUGUUUUUGACAUUAAAAUGCGCAAAAACAGUUAUCCUCAGUUCUUGUCAUAGCUCAAACACAAUUCUGUUGGCGCAAGAUAAGAUCGUGAGAACGCUCGUUCGGGAUUGGCUAGCUUAGCCCUGUUUGCGUUGUAAUAAAAAGCCGACAUGCUUUGUUCCAUCCACCCUCUCGGUACUCUGAAAAUACCCCAAGAACGGGACCAUUAGAGAAACGUAAUUGUUGGUAACAACAUAAAGGAGCAUUUGUAUCCAGGAAAAAAGUACCCUAAAAGUUUAAAAACGAGCCUAAGGGACGGACCAUUAAAGAAACUAAAUUGUUGGUUACAGUAUAAAGGAGUGUUUGUAUAUAGGAAAAAAAAACGUGAAAAAAGUGUUGUCGAUCACCUUUUCAGUCACUUUAUAUUGUUUGUCCCAAACAGCAUUGCGUUCAGACCUGCAAACCAAAAUGUGGUAGCUUUGAUUUUUUUAUUUGUUUGUUUAAAUGGCACAAUCGAUUUAAUAUGGAUAUGAAAUCUAAUAACAAUUUCUGGGUGUAGGCGUGGCCGUCGGGGUGAUUUCAGGCAUUAGAAGAGAUAUGCCUCCUAUAUGCUGCUAAAUUCCAUAACUUGAAGUUUUCGGAGGGAAAUCACCCUAGCUUCCCUUUAGCAGUAGGUCUCUUGCCAGUCGCUUUUCCAUCAUUGUCAUGUGGUAAUGCCUUCUUGUGUCUCAUAUAGGAAGAGCAAAGACAAGGCCUUGGCGGAGAUGCGAGAGAUCCCACCAGACACCCCAACUGUUUCCACACCACUUGGUGACUUCCCUUGGACACCUGGACAGUGGCUCAAACUAGAGUCAGUGGACGAUGACAGUACAGGCGAGGACAUGCAGACUUUUCCAGACCAGACAUUCGAGGUGUAUAAUACCGCAAUGGCUCAAAUCGCUGGACUGUCCGAUAUCAAGAUUUUAGAGCCGUUGACCUUUAGGCUGAAAGUGGACUGGGGCACUGCGACAGAGAAAGAAAAGCAGACGUGCGAAGAGAAGGUUGACGAGGCCUGUCGGGCAGUGUGUAAAGUGAUCGCAUCAAGCUCUAGCGAGGAGUUGCUGAAAUCGUAAGUGAAGCGUGCUUCCAGGUCAGAUAAAGAGGUCGAGGCACUGACGUCAGCCUACAGGCAAGCACCAACCAAGAAUCUAAAAACACAGAUCCUAAGUAUAUAUGCCUUGCGCUAUACGUCAAACGAACUGAAGGCAAUGCACGCGCCCUUUGAGAAGCUCAGUGAUCGCCAAAUAAAGAAAGCAAGAACACAUGCAAAAACUGUAGGAGUUGGGCUCGAAGUUGAAAAAGUUCCUCAUUACAGGGUACGCAUUGAUAGCUCGAAACUAGAACACUUUUUGGAUUUUGCUGACCAGCCUUAUUUUUAUCAAGAUGUUUCUUUUGGAACGAGAACAUUUAAGCUGGACUCAGGUCAGCAGAUGGUUAUGCCUAACGUAGUCAGAACUGUAGGGCGUUCAACAAUGAUUGAGCAAUAUCAUCAGUGGUGCAGAGAAGAAGACUAUCAGCCUUUAGGCAGGUCCACCUUAUACAGGAUAUUGAAAGUGCGAGAGGCAUCACAGCGCAAGUCACUCCAGGGCUUAGAUAACACGGCAUCAAGUGGGGCAGAAGGCUUUGACACCCUCAAUAAAAUAGUGGAUGACUUGGAGCAGUGUGGAGCACGCCAUAAAUGGUGCGAGGGAUCUCGGGAUAAUCUAAAGGGAGCAAAGCGCUACUUAAACACGAGCUACCGUGCGCACUGUCGUGAAGACAGCGACAAUCUGUGUGCUGAGCACUGCAGAGAACACGCACUUAGCGAUACGCAGUGCUUAGAGUUCAAGACAUCCUGUACUCAUGAUCAUAUGGAGCUGUGUGAAAGCUGCGACAGUCUCAGGAACACACUGGGCUCUGUUUUGUCUGAGAUUAAAGGUUCACAAGAUGUCCAGUUCUACAGCAGAGACCAGCAAGAAGACAUGUUGUACGAUGCUGCUCAAGCACAGGACAUGGUUCUCCAGUGGAAGGCCCACAUCCUAAGGGCAGAGAAUCAAGAUCGCGCGAAAACUGAUGCCGUUAAUUGCCUUCAGAGUGAUACCAUUCUCAUAGUGAUGGAUUGGGCCAUGAAGUUUAUACAGAUGAAAUACCGCGAGCAACAAUCAGAAUGGUAUGGAAAGCGUGGGAUGAACUGGCAUAUAAGCUGUGUCCUCUCAAAACCAGCAGACAGAGAACAGCUUGAGGUUACUUCUUAUGUGCAUCUCUUUGACAAUUGUGCCCAAGACUCUUACACAGUUUACGCGAUAAUUAAGCAUCUCUUGAAGACUCUGAAAAUCGCCAACCCGCACAUCAGCAAAGCCUUGCUGCGUUCAGAUGGAGCUGGAUGUUAUCACAACAACAACCUGAUUGCUGCUUUGAAUGAGGUUCACGUUCAUACUGGCAUAAGUGUGUUAAGGUAAUUGCUUUAUUGUUUAUAUCUCUUAUUGUACAUCGUAAACAUUUUACUACUCCGAGAUAUCAGCUCAAGGAACAAACAUGCUACAUUCAUAUAUUUCAUAAACUCUGUGCGCUAAGUAGCCACGUGCGUAUUUAUUAUUCUCCAUUGCGUUUCACUGCAGAGAUCAUAAACUCGUCACUCUGGAUACCGAAAUAUGCAUGCGCCGGAUGUGAUUUGUAUAAAAGAAAACGGGAAAGUAAAAUUCAAUUCUUAUCAAGGGGAUGUUUGCUUCGAUACUUUAAGGAUUUUUCAGAUAACAACAACUUCCAGUAAGCGCUUUCACCGUUGAUUUCUAGGUAUGACUUUUCGGAGCCGCAGUUCGGGAAGGAUGUGUGCGACCGCAUCAUCAGCCCCCUGAAGGGCGUGGUCAGACGCUUCUGUAACGAGGGUAAUGAUAUCCUGUCGGCGGCUGACAUGCGUGAAGCGCUCAAGGUCCGACCAGUGAAGGGAUACACAGCUGCUGUUUGCGAGAUAGAGCGCACUGAUCAAGAAAUCAAGGUAAACCGCAUCCCAAACUUCAGCACCUUUCACAACUUUUCAUAUGAGGGAACUGGGCUGCGAAUGUGGAAAGCCUAUGAUACUGGAGCUGGAAAACUCGUGCUGUGGUCAGACCUAGACGUCCAAGUUCCCGGUGCAAUAACCUUGAAACCUGCCACCAACCAACUACAGUUCUGGGAUGUUCAACCUAGGUGUGUAAAACUACAAGGAAAGACGAACCAAAGUGUAAAGCUUGACACAGAAACUGCGCUAUUCGAAUGCAACGAAGCCGGCUGCUCACAUUCAUUCGAUAACUAUGAUGCCUUACAGGACCACAUCAACUUUGGCAAUCAUGAUCCCAUCAGCACAAAUCAAGAAAGUGUUUACGACAAGUUGCGUCGCGAGUGGGUUCGGAAAUUCUCGGCAAUGUCAGUAAGUGAGCAGAAACCGAAGCAGCCUACAUCAGCAAAAAAAAAGCACUAUGACAGCAACUCAUGCGGAGUCUUCUGAAGCCGGAUGGGCCUUGCAGAAACCGAGGGUAGUGGGACAAGGUUCUCAGAGAAGGUAAAGUCAUAUCUCCAAGCCCGAUUUGACGUCGGAGUACAAACUGGAAGAAAGUCUGAUCCAGUUCAAGUGUCAGCGGAUAUGAGAAGCGCCAAAAACCAAGACGGCACUAGAAAAUUCUCGAGAGACGAGUGGCUGACGAAGAUACAAGUUCAAGCCUUCUUUUCCCGACUCGCUGCAGCGCAGAAGAAACAGGUGACUCAGAGACACGUGGAAAAAGACGACGAAAAUACUCUGCUGGAUGAAGAUCUUGCACACCUGGACCAACAAAACAAAGAUGAGGAUGUUCAAGAGGUGCUGUCGCAAAUAGGACUGAAACAUCCGAUCACAUAUGAUGGCUACGACAUCUGCGAUCUGGUCAAGACUGAGGCAUUGUCGCGCUUCACUGUGAAGGAACUGAGGGUCAUGUGUGACCACUUUGAGCUGCCACGUAAAUCAACGGACAAGAAAGCCGCUCUGAUUAAACACGUUACCGACAUGGUGGAAGAGUGUAGCUGCUCAUAAACACGGCUGGAAAAGAACACAUUGAUUUUUAUUCGGCGAAUCAACUGGGCCGUGAACUCAGUUAGCAUGUUCCACUUCGAGAGGGUGUUGUAAACAAGAGCUCUAUGUACGAACCUUUUUAGAAUGAUCAGAAAGCCGUACCCCAGCACCACACCCAUGUUCCGCCACUUAUAGUGAAAAUCCUAAAAUAAGUGAACUGUAUAUGAAACUCUGGAUCCGUAAAUAAUUAUAGUAUAUGAGAGGGAGUACAGGGCUCGGGGGAGGCUUUACUUGUUUGCGAAACUUUGUUCUGAUUUGAGACUUUUAUUAGAUAACAAAAUACACAAAGUGCAUUUUACCCCUGGAUUUCUGUACUACGCUAAGGUGAAUUGACAACACCCUACAAAACAGUCUCGUGGGCAUAAAAUUAGCCUAGCCUGGAUUCUUUUACAGACAUAUUUUUGUUAGCCUAGUAUUUUUCGUAUUUCGCUACUCAUGUUUCAUGGGAGAUUCUGAACCAAAAACAUCCGGGUUUUUUUUAGCUGGGAUGAAAUAUUUAAGUUAAUCUUGACUGAAGAGGCGAAUAUAGGGCACAUAGUAAGCGUAUAGAUUUUCUAUCAGUGCGCGACUCGAGCGUUACAUUCACACUGUGCUAUAUAAUACAUGGCUGGAUCUCAGUCACAGUGCCAGUAAUUCGUAUUCUGCGUAAAUUGGCUGACUUCAAAACCGACUGUAGAAUUCACCAAAGAGGGCAUUUCAUAUUGAUAGUAAAGCAGAUUGUGCCAUUUAAACACAGAAACGAAAAAUAAAAGCUUCCACGUUUUGGUUUGCAAGUCUGAACGCAAUGCUGUUUGGGACACACAAAUAUAUAAAAAGUGACUGGGGAGGUGAUCGACAACAUUUUUUCACGUUUUUGAACUUUUUGGGUAUUUUUUUCCUGUAUACAAAUGCUUCUUUAUAUUGUUACCAACAAUUUAGUUUCUCUAAUGGUCCGUCCCUUGGGGUGUUUUUAGAGUACUCAGAGGAUGGGCGGAACAAGGCAUGUCGCCUUUUUAUUACAACGCAAAUACGGCUAAGCUAGCCAAUCUCGAACGAGCGUUCCCACGAUUUUAUCUUCUGCAAACAGAAUUGUGUUCCCUCUCCAUAAUCCGCCUUCGACUCAAAUGACAUCGGAAAAAAUUGUUGACUUAAAUCGUUCCUACAUUGAUCUAAGCACACAAGCUCAGCUAUACCUCGAAAUUCCCCACAGUCUCCAAAUUCUCGUGUUUUUAGAAAACAAGUCGCCAUGAUACAAACUCUGCUUUCUCAUCCACUUUGGUUAGGUAUUGCGUGACAACCAGCUAAUUUGCAUAUAAGCAAUAGUGGUUUCUUUGACCUUAGCUCUAUAAACCUAAAAUAUUUCGCCUUUUUUGAUUUUCAAAUAAAAUUACAAAAAAAGCGCUUAUUUGAAGGUUUUGAGGCAACAUUUAAGCAAAUUUUAGAGCUGUGAAUAUUUUUUCGGUCAAGCGAGUGAUCGAUCGAGUAGAUAAAUAUAUUAUACUAAUUAUAGAGUCAGAGUUAUUUUUGUAAACAAAGUGCCAUGAUGGCCAAAUUUACCUUCUCGCUGCUCCGUGUGCAGGCGGAUACCCGCAGAUUUGACUUUAGAACCUCUUAAAAUGAAGUAAUACCUUGAUCUUGAUAUAAAUUUCAUAUCAGAUUUUUGUCCCACAAUUGAGAUUUUUGCUCUCGAAUCUGAGCAUGUUUUUUGGCAGUCGGGCGACCUGUUCAGAGUGGUGUCUUUCUGGACUUACAGAUUUUCUGCAAAAUUACCAAAAAGUUCGAUAUUUUGCACAUUUGUCAAUAAAAGGUAGUGGAAACAGCUGAUGUAAAAGAUACUUUAUAAUUAUCUGUAGUUUCGAUAUGACGCGACCCUCAAAAACGACAAUUUUCGGUCUUUAAAUCGGGCUCUGGAGGAGACGAAUUGGCCCGGACGUGAUCACGCCUAUGGGAAAGCGGAAAUAUAUUAUUUGCAAAAAAGAAAAUCAUUUUUAUUACUUAUAUACCAAACCCUUUUAGUGUACAAAGUUUAAAGGGAAACUUUUUUCUGACGCGAAAUUGAUCGGACCGCUGUUAGCGGGACUGCCUCUUAAAUCCUUGACAAUGUGUUGCGGAGUAGGUAACAAAGAGGAAGUGUAAACGAUCUUAGGUAUAAGAAGUGAUUUGAUUAGAGUAACCUUUCCGUAGACAGAAAGCCCCCUUGAGGACCAGAUGUUGAUUAGUUUUUUAAUGGCGACGAUUUCCUCUGAGAAAUUCUUUGAGUGAGACAACUUAUGGUCAUAGGUGAAAAAGACACCAAGGGCUUUUAUUGGCUCUGUGGGCCAUUUGAUUCGUAGAGGUUUAUUUUCACUGUUCUUCAGUGAUCCUAUCCACGUUCCUUCAGUCUUUGAACUAUUUACCUUUAAGCCAGAAAGCUCCUUAAACUUAUCAAGCAGUUGGAAGAGUUUUUGAGCUGACUCUAAAUCAGCGAGUACAGCAGUAGUGUCAUCAGCGUAUUGAAGAAGUUUGGUCUCUUCUUGAUUUAUUACUAUUCCUUUUAUUUCUUCGCUAGCUCUGAUAGCGAUCGCUAAGGUUUCCACGGCCAAAAGAAAAACAUAUGGGGAAAGAGGGUCACCCUGCCUGACGCCACGUGUCAGUUCAAAAUAGUCUGAACACAACCCAUUAUUUACCACACAACUCUUAAUAUUUGCGUAAAAAUUUUUGAUCCAGCGCUCAAAAUUUGGACCAAAAUUAAAGACAUCUAGACAAUUAUACAGGAAGUUCCAUUCUAAAGAAUCGAACGCUUUUUCAAAAUCAAUAAAUAUCAACAGACCAGGCAUAUUUUCCUUAUCUGUUAAAUCCAUGAUAUCGAAGAUCGACCUAACCGUUUCACCAAUAUAGCGUUCGUUUACAUAACCAGUUUGGUUAUGGUGGAUUAUAGAAGGAAGUAUAUCUUUAAUUCUGUUGGCAAUCACUUUUGAUAUUAUCUUAGCGUCAGCAUUGACAGGUGUUAUGGGCCUCCAAUUUUCUAUUAAUGUACGAUCUUUGCCUUUCUUUUCUAUUGAAGUGAUUACAGCCUGCCU